AUGCCUAAGAAAAGAAACCACCUCAAGUCGUUCAAGCCGUCUCUCACGGGAUCAGCGGCGAGCUCGCCAUCGUCUGAUAAACCUGCGAGGAGUGUAAACGAACUUCUCGCGAAUCUUCGCCACUCAGGCGCAGCAUCAUCGUCUUCGCCUUCACCGCCAGUGAAUUCUCCAAGUGUCCCACCUGCUAUCAGAGAGCUACUUCAGAUUCCCGAGACACCGCCACCCGCUCCACGGCGGCCUGUUCGCCAAAGGUUUGACAGCCAUGGUCGCAGACUUCCCGCAGGUCCGGCUCCGCCUCGAAGCUGGGUCUCCCGAAGAAAUGAUGACGAUGCCGCAGCUCCUCUCUCUCGAUCUUUGCGUGUGAAUUUCUCUGGCUUCGACAGAACUACUCUGCCUGGAGCUUGGCUCCCGCAGCAAAAUAGUCUCAUUGACAUCACCCUCAGGCGUUUGGCGAUUGACUGGGACCUUCAUCGCGUGUACAACCAAUAUCAUUUGUAUUUCGUGCCCAGUCAUCUCAAGCCAGCCCUUAUUAGAUAUGUUGGGAUUACGUCGGAUGGCGGAAUAUCACUGUCAGACUUGAAGAUUAUCCUGCUGCCUCCUGAAGGCGUCUACACCGGUGAAGAGUUGGACAUGCAGUCGAGAGCAAAUGCAGAAAUCACUUGCUUGGAUCUGUCAACCUCGAUCGGCCGUUCUCUGAAACUGAGAGACGUAUCAGACAUUUUAUUCAGUGCGACUGGAUCCGAGACGACUGACGAGAUUCAAGAUUCCUGGGAAGCUGUCGACGUCAGUCCAAGCCCCCCACGACUCUUACUCCCCAAUUUGACUCAUCUGUCACUGGCGUUGGACCCUAGAAGCCCACGGGACGUGUCAUGGAAGCAGCUAUUGUCAUUGUCGUCAAAGUUGCCUUCAGUAACGCACUUGAGUCUCGCAUACUGGCCCGAACCGUGUUUGACCCCGCGAGCAAUGUUCUCAACAAUAUCCUCACCACAAGGUCGCAGCAUACCUUAUGGAGGCACCAACUACUAUUCUCACUCAAUAGACCAUGACUGGAGUGAAGCACUUCUCGUGUUGAGAAUGCUCAGCAACAACUUGUACAAAUUAGAGUUUUUGGAUCUGACAGGAUGCGCUACAUGGUUUAAAGCUCUGCAGUUGAGAGACGGCCAUGAUUGCGUCGACUGGUCUGGCUCGUGGGGCAAAGUGACGCUUCUUCGACUCUACACGGGCUGGAAACUGGGAGCAGAGGCCAUGGUAUCAGAUCAAGCGGCAUAUACAUCGGCUUCUGAUACUGCUAAACGUGUGGAAAAACAUAUCGUAGCCAUGAGGGCUGGUAAAGGGCGUUUCAUCACCGUCGAAAGGGACAAUAUAGACACAUAG